CUGUCCCUGGGUUUAGAGAGAGAAGAAAGUGAUGAACGACCUUUCAAAUGCAGCUCUUUUAGAACACCAUACUGCUUUCACUUGCAAACCCAUACCAUCUUUUGCUCCAUACAUUCUCAUUCCUCUCUUUUUUAUUGGUUUUUCAGUCUCUCUUUUCAUUCUCAUUGUAGUCCACAACGCUGCAUUUUUUCUUUCUUUUCUUUUCUUGUCAACUUUUGUUUUAUCUUUUAUAGCUUGGAACACUCUUAACCGGAGGCAAAUAGCUUCCAUUUCAUAUUUUCUCCGUUCUUUCCCCGACUCUGACCUUGCUGUAGCAUGUCACGGCCAGAUUGUUAAAAUCACUGGGCCAGCGUCAUGUGGGAGUCUCUCCCUGGAAUCUUCAUAUGAAAGGGCCACCAGAUGUAUCUAUACCUCAACUCUUUUGUAUGAAUAUGGAAGUUUUGGUCUCAAGCCUGUGAAUGUUAGGAAAUCUUGCUUCCAGUGGAGUUUAGCAUAUUGUGAGAGGUUCUCAACAGACUUUUACAUAACUGAUAGGAAAUCUGGCAUAAGAGCAAUGGUGAAAGCUGGUUCUGGUUGUAAAGUCCUUCCCUUGAUCUUUGAGAGCAAAAUUGUCACAAUUAAUAAAUAUUGCAGUGUACUGUCCUCUCACCUUAGGAAAUGGUUAAGAGACAGAAAUCUCCCGGCUGAAGCCCGACAGCUACGUCUGGAAGAAGGGUAUGUUCAGGAAGGCAGCUCUGUGACUGUUAUUGGAAUGUUGCAUAAAGAUAAUGAUGCGUUGAUGAUAGUUCAGCCACCACAGCUCAUUUCCACAGGAUGUCUCUGGAAAAGGCUUCUUCUUCCAGUUGAAAUUGAUGGAUUGGUUAUGGGGGUCCCUGAUUUGACCGGCCCGGUAACCAACCCAGUCCCCAUGCGUCACCCAGAACAAUAAUGUUUACUUGCCGGGAGUUACAGAUUAGGAUUAUAUAGUUUUUAUAGAUUUAUAUCCAUUAUUAAUUUCUUCCAGAAAUUUAA